CCACUCGCAAAAGGUUCCCAUUCUUUUUCACCGAGCAGAUGGCAGCUGAACCCUCCUCCCCUUCAACUUACCAACCCAAAUAGGUAAUGCUAUGCUGCCCUAAUUAUCGACACUCCCCUAAAAAACGCUGCGCUGCAGUUCACUUAUGAGGAACAGCUCCAUGGGAAGCUUUGGAAACGCCGACCGUACUGCCCCCACCAAUGGCGGCUCGGCUCCUCUGGUCGACAAGGAAGUCGAUUUCGCGCAAUAUUUCUGCACCUACGCUUUCCUCUACCACCAGAAGGAGAUGCUUUCUGAUCGUGUCCGCAUGGACGCUUACUUCAACGCCGUCUUCAAGAACAAACACCACUUCCAGGGCAAGACUGUGCUGGAUGUAGGAACAGGAAGUGGCAUUCUGGCAAUCUGGUCGGCGCAAGCAGGUGCAAGGAAGGUUUAUGCUGUGGAAGCAACCAAGAUGGCUGAGCAUGCCCGUGCGCUUGUCAAAUCAAAUGGCCUUGAGAAUGUAGUUGAGGUGAUAGAGGGAUCGAUGGAGGAGGUUACCCUGCCAGAAAAAGUUGAUGUUAUUAUCUCGGAGUGGAUGGGAUACUUUCUUCUUCGUGAAUCUAUGUUCGACUCUGUGAUAUGUGCUCGUGAUCGCUGGCUGAAGCCAACUGGAGUCAUGUAUCCUAGUCAUGCUCGCAUGUGGUUGGCACCAAUCAGAUCUGGUUUGGUGGAUAAAAAGUGGACUGAGUAUGAAGGAGCCAUGGAUGACUGGUAUGGUUUUGUAGAUGACACCAAAACUUCGUAUGGAGUUGAUAUGAGUGUUUUGACAAAUCACUUUGACGAAGAGCAGCGGAGAUAUUAUCUGCAGACAUCAUUGUGGAACAACCUUCAUCCACAUCAAGUUAUAGGGGCAGCUGCCAUUAUAAAGGAAAUUGAUUGCCUCACUGCCACUGUGGCAGACGUGCUUAAUGUCAGAGCAAACCUUACCUCGAUAAUCACCUUACCAAACACAAGGCUCUGUGGAUUUGGGGGAUGGUUUGACGUCCAUUUUCGAGGGAGAAAAGAAGAUCCUUCUCAGCAAGACAUUGAGUUGACAACCGCUCCUAGUACAGAGGAUAGCACCCAUUGGGGGCAGCAGGUCUUCCUUUUGAAUCCUCCUAUUCAUGUUAGCGAAGGGGACGACUUGGACAUAGUGUUUGCGAUGGAUCGUGCUAAAGAAAAUCAUAGAUUGAUGGAAGUUGAGCUUGGCUGUAAGAUCAGAAUGUCUUCUGGCACACCAAUGCCACCAUUCAGCAAAAAAUUCCAUAUAGAAUGAGGAAGCAGCUAGAUCACAUGUUUUUGGGAAUUUUAACGACACCCAAGUUACAUAUUUUAGAUCCUCGGUGUUACAUCAACUGUGAAAAUAGUAUGCUUGUACCUCCAAAGUUCUGGGGGCGGUAAGUGGUUUUAUUUGUUAUAGUGAGUUUGGCUUUUUUCUUGCUUGUUGAAUCAGGUAUCUUACUUGGUUGCUGUGUUUGCAACAAUUUUACAAAAUCACACAGAGGUAACUACAGCUUGAAAUGCACUUGGUAUGAUCAAUUUUUGAAGGUGAGAUGAUUAUAGCUAUAUUGAAAUAUUUCUUA